AUGAAUCAGGUCGGAUUCAAAAAUGCGGCUUCGGGGUUCAUCCAAGUGCUGCAGGAUAACUGGGUGUUGAUUCUCUCGGCGGGCGUGUUGUACUGCGAGAUUCGCAACCUGCGACAGAGCAUUGAGGACCUAUCUCGCUCAAUCGACAACUUGAGUGGCGCAAAUGCUAUCGCUCCAAGACGCUCGAGAUCCCUUUCAAAUGCUUCUAGCAAGGAUGAUUGGUUCAGUAUCAAGAGCGAGGCUUCCUUGGAGUCUUUAGACGACGCGCAGACAGUUAUUGAGCAUCCGAUCAAUCCGGAAGACGCAGCUGUCGACGAGUUUCUCAAAGAAGUCGACGAGAAGCACUACAAGUCGGACGCGGGCAUCGCCGAAGCCUGGGAGAUGAUUAAGGACAGAGACCAUGCUAGAGAUACACAACUGCUGAUAAGAAAGACGAGGUCGCAGUGUUCCUUGUAUGGGCAGCACAGGAAAAACGGGCCACUUGGUGAAAACUACGAGAAACGAAAGAAAUACGCACACCAGGCGCUAGAAUGGGCAGAAGAGAUUAUUCAACGGACUCCUAACGCUUCCGUCGGCCACAGAUACAAAGCUGCUGCUCUUGGCUGUUGUAUGGAGUUCUUGGGCGUGACGGAGAAGGCCGAAAAGGGAAAAGUAAUAAAAGAUUCUCUGAGCGAAGCGCUGAACUGCGACCCAGGCGAUUUGAAGGCGCACUACAUUCUGGCCCGAUGGCAUUUUGAAGCUUCGAAUCUUCCCUGGGCGCUGCGGGGAGUCGCCUCUAGGAUGGGAAUGCCGCCCUCCUCCGAAGACGACGCUCUGCGCCACUUCAACACUUCCCUGGGCGGCUCGGGGCACGACAAAGAAGUCCAACUCUAUCGCUACAAGCUGCUGACGAAGCGAGGCAACCACGAGGAGGCGAAAGCGGCGGUAAAAGCCGGCCUGGCCCUCCCAAUCGUCUUUAACUCCGACCGACCGGUGCACGAAGAGCUCAUCAAAAUUCAAAACUCUUUCUAG